UCUCUCGGUCCUCACCAAGUCCUCCCCUGUCGCCUCUUCCCAUCCCUCAUCGCUUUCUCCUGCUCCCUGCUCCCGUCCUUGGGCUCCCUGCUCUGCCUGGCCAGCCCUCUCCCUGUGUCCCCAGUCUGAUCUAGAGUCCCAUUCUCUCUUCCUCUGGUCCAGCUCCUUGUCCCAUCCCGUCCCCGCCCUGUCCCCUUUGUGCCCCUUCCUCUCCCUCCCUCCCUCCCUCCCGGGCUCGGCAUCCCGGCUCCACCUCCAACUCCCCUCAGCCCUGCCUCUCUGCCCCUUCUUGACCCGCUCAUCUCCCUGCUCGAGUCCUGAGCCACCAUGCUGACCCCGAUGGUGGCUGGGGGGGUGGUGUUCCCCGGACUCUUCCUCCUCUCCAAGAACACGCUCCAGCGGCUGCCCCAGCUGCGCUGGGAGGAGGCCGACGCGGUCAUUGUCUCAGCCAGGUUAGUGUCCUCCGUCCAAGCCAUCAUGGCCUCCACAGCUGGCUACAUCGUCUCCACCUCCUGCAAGCACAUCAUCGAUGAUCAACACUGGCUCUCCUCCGCCUACACGCAAUUUGCAGUGCCCUACUUCAUCUACGACAUCUACGCCAUGUUCCUCUGCCACUGGCACAAGCACCAGGUCAAAGGGCAUGGAGGGGACGACGACGGGAGACGCAGAGCACAGGGCAGCACCUGGGCCGUGGUGCGCGGCUACCUGCACAAGGAGUUCCUCAUGGUGCUCCACCAUGCUGUCAUGGUGCUGGUGUGCUUCCCCGUCUCUGUGGUGUGGCGACAGGGGAAGGGAGAUUUCUUUCUAGGCUGCAUGUUGAUGGCAGAGGUCAGCACCCCCUUCGUCUGCCUUGGCAAGAUCCUCAUCCAGUACAAGCAGCAGCACACGCUGCUGCACAAGGUGAACGGGGCCCUGAUGCUGCUCAGCUUCCUGUGCUGCCGGGUGCUGCUCUUCCCCUACCUGUACUGGGCCUACGGGCGCCACGCCGGGCUGCCCCUGCUGGCCGUGCCCCUGGCCAUCCCGGCCCACGUCAACCUGGGCGCCGCGCUGCUGCUCGCCCCCCAGCUCUACUGGUUCUUCCUCAUCUGCCGUGGGGCUUGCCGCCUCUUCCGGCCCCGAGGCUCCCCGCCACCUUCUCCCUGUCAGACCCAGGAUUGAGGGUGGGGCCUGGGGACCCUCCCCACCUGCACCCCCACAUGGGGACAGGGCUCUGGGGCCAGUGGGUGGGGGUUGGGAGCCAGGGGCCCCUUGCCUUGACAGCCCCAGGACUGACCGAUGGACUCAGGGGGGAGGGGCAUAUUCCCUCAGGGGCUAAGAACAGGAGCAGGUGACCACAAGGCAGGGAGAGAGGGGACCUCCCUCAGGAGCCAGGCUGAGCCUUCGCACCCCCUGCGCUGGGACAGCUAGGAAAGGGGAAGGGAGCGCACUUCCCACCUGCCAAGGGCUGGGGGCCUGUGGGGAGACAGGGACUCAAGGGGACCAGGAGUCAAGGACAUGGGGGUGGCCUGCUGCCAAGGACAUACAUCCCAGCCCCUCUGCUGCAAACCCCUCUCUGCUCCCGGGUCACCUGGGAGAGAGGGGACACCCUGACUCACCCCGCGGGCCUCCUGAGGGCUGGCUGCUGCCUCUCAGCUCCUCUCCAGGGAGGCCGGCCUGAGGGAUUUUAUUUAUUUUAUUUAUUCGCCCAAAUUCAAACUGAUUUGCUGGGGUGGGGGAGGGAGGUGGCUGCUACCCCCACCCCCAGCCUUCCCAGUGCUGAGCAACCCCGGGGGGCCGGUGAAGGGCACCCAGCCCCUUCCCACCAGGCUGCACAUCUUGCCCUCCGGCCCUGGCAUGUCCCUGGUGCUACAGACCUCUCAAGGCUUCCUCCAAUCUGGGGUCGGGGGACCCUGGGAGGUGCUUUACAGACCGCUAAUAAAGACGAUCUGCGUCUGC